AUGUUCAGCCCGGACGGGGGGCUGCCGGCCGCCCCCUUCGGCCUCCUGACCGACGCCGGACCUCCCUUCUCCCGCGGCAGCUUCGACGGGGCGCCCGCCCAGCCGCUCUUCUUCCCUUUCGCCUCCACCGCCGAGCCCGAGCCCGCCCGGGACCCGCCGCCGGCCCGCGCCUGGCUGCCCCCGCCCGCCCCGGUGCCACCCGCCAAGGCGGAGGCGCGCCCGGGCCGGCCUUGCAGCCAGCCCGAUCCCGAGCCCCGCACCGCCGCUUACUGUGGCCCGGCCUGGCCGCCCCCGCCCUGGGCCGGCCCUGCGCCCUCCGGCCCCGCCGCCCUGCCCGGGCCGCCCUUCCCUGGCCCGGCCGCCGCUGGUUUCCCUGGCCCCCAGCUCUGCCCCGCCGCGCUGCAGCCGGGCUCCGGCGGCCCCUCGGGGCUGGGCAGCAGCGGCAGCUCCAGCGGCGCCGCCAGCGAGGGCGGACACUCCAGCGACAGCGGCGAGGAGGAUGCGCCAACCUCAGGAGAGCUGGAGCAGUUCGCCAAGGACCUCAAGCACAAGCGCAUUAUGCUGGGCUUCACCCAGGCUGACGUGGGGCUGGCACUGGGCACACUCUACGGGAAGAUGUUCAGCCAGACGACCAUCUGCCGCUUUGAAGCGCUCCAGCUCAGCUUCAAGAACAUGUGCAAGCUAAAGCCGCUGCUGCAGCGUUGGCUCAACGAGGCGGAGAACACGGACAACAUGCAAGAGAUGUGCAAUGCAGAACAAGUACUGGCCCAAGCUCGGAAGAGAAAACGCAGGACUAGCAUCGAGACCAAUGUGAAAGGGACACUGGAGAGCUUCUUCCGCAAGUGUGUGAAGCCCAGUCCCCAGGAGAUCUCCCAGAUCGCCGAGGACCUCAACCUGGAUAAAGAUGUGGUCCGGGUCUGGUUCUGCAACCGGCGUCAGAAAGGCAAACGGCUGCUGCUGCCCUACGGCAACGAGGCAGAGGGGAUGAUGUAUGACAUGAACCAGCCCCUGGUGCCCUCCACUCUGCCCAUCCCAGUGACAUCCCAGGGCUACAGCCUGGCACCCUCCCCUCCUGUCUACAUGCCGACCUUUCACAAAGCCGAGAUGUUCCCACAAGCGCUGCAGCCUGGGCUCUCCAUGAGUAACAGCGGCCACUGAACCAGGGGCUGUGGGCUUACACCAGCAAGGGGGGCUGGUGCUCUGGGGCAGCUCCCCUUGCCCUGGGCUCGCACAGGCACAGCCCUGCUUCUGCUCUCUGGGCUGAUGUGUGGGGCUUUUGGAGUGUGAGGCGCUGAGAGCCUGGCACAGCGAUGGUGCCUGCUCUCUGCAGAUGCUCCCAGCCCUUCUCAGUUAUGUGAGCUUACUGGUCCCAGCAGAAUUGGCCCCCCUCUGACCACUCCUGGGGGCAGCUCCUCCUGCCCCACUGCACCCUCUGAAGCCACAUGUGCCCAGGGCUCUUGAGCCUGUGCCUGGCCCCAGCCCAGCUGCUCUCCUGUGAGAUGCAGAAAAAAGUAUUUUUUAGAUUUUGGGGAGGGUGGGGGGAGG